GCUGAAGGACAAGAGCCCCGAGCGGAGCUGCGGUCGGCGGCUCCUUACCAGAGGCAGCGACGCGGGGGAGCGGCCCUGAAGGGAGAGCGCUAUGAAGCCGUACGCUCCAGCCUUCUUUCUCCUGUGGAGCGCUGUCGGGAUAGCGAGGGCUGCCAAAAUCGUUGUUGUGCCGCCAAUUAUGUUUGAAAGCCAUCUUUAUAUUUUCAAGACUCUGGCCUCAGCCUUGCAUGACCAAGGUCACCAGACAGUGUUUCUCCUCUCUGAGGGCAGGGAGAUCCCUCCAUCUAAUCACUACAGACUGCAGCGCUACCCAGGGAUCUUUAACAGCAGCACCUCGGAUGAUUUCCUGCAGUCCAAGAUGAGGAGUAUCUUCUCGGGGAGGCUGACCGCCCUCGAACUGUUCGAUAUCCUGGAGCACUACUCCAAGAACUGCGACAUGAUCGUUGGCAACCGCAACCUCAUGCGGGCCCUCAAGCAGGAGAAAUUUGACCUGCUCCUGGUAGAUCCCAAUGAGAUGUGUGGAUUUGUUAUAGCCCAUCUUUUAGGGGUUAAAUACGCCGUGUUUUCCACUGGCCUCUGGUAUCCAGCAGAAGUGGGCGCUCCAGCUCCCCUGUCCUACGUUCCAGAGUUUAACUCGCUGCUCACAGAUCACAUGAACCUAUUCGAGAGGAUUAAAAAUACUGUUGUUUAUCUUAUUUCAAGGUUUGGAGUCAGUUUUUUGGUUCUGCCAAAAUAUGAAAGGAUAAUGCAGAAACACAAGGUUCUUCCAGAACGGUCCAUGUAUGACUUGGUCCAUGGAUCCAGCCUGUGGAUGCUUUGUACUGAUGUUGCACUGGAGUUUCCGAGACCCACGCUACCCAACGUCGUUUAUGUGGGAGGAAUCCUGACGAAGCCGGCCAGCCCUCUGCCAGAAGAUCUGCAGGCGUGGGUGAGCGGCGCGCACGAGCACGGCUUCGUCCUCGUCUCCUUCGGCGCUGGAGUCAAGUACCUGUCGGAAGACAUCGCCAAUAAGCUGGCACACGCUCUGGCCAGGCUGCCCCAGAGGAUUAUCUGGAGGUUUUCAGGAAACAAACCAAGGAAUUUAGGCAACAAUACCAAGCUGAUCGAAUGGUUACCACAAAAUGACCUCCUUGGUCACUCUAACAUUAAAGCUUUCCUCAGUCACGGAGGCUUGAACAGCAUUUUUGAGACCAUGUACCACGGGGUCCCGGUGGUGGGCAUUCCCCUCUUCGGAGACCAUUACGAUACCAUGACCCGUGUGCAGGCCAAGGGGAUGGGAAUUCUGCUCAACUGGAAGACCAUGACUGAGAGUGAGCUGUAUGAAGCACUAGUGAAAGUUAUUAAUGACCCCAGCUACCGGCAGCGGGCGCAGAGGCUGUCGGAGAUCCACAAGGACCAGCCCGGGCACCCGGUGAACCGGACUGUGUACUGGAUCAACUACAUCCUGCGCCACAACGGAGCCCAGCACCUGCGUGCCGCCGUCUACAGCAUCUCCCUCUUCCAGUACUUCCUGCUGGAUAUUGCCUUGGUCCUACUCGUGGGUGCUGCCUUACUUUACUAUGUGUUGGCCAGGAUGGCAAAGUUAAUCUGCAAGCAGAGCAAACAGCUCUGGGCCAAUGACAAACAUAGCGCUGUUAAUGGACACUACCAGAACGGGAUCCCCAAUGGCAAGUAUAGAAGGAACGGCCACAUUAAGCAUGAGAAAAAGGUGAAAUGA